CGAGCAGCAAAAGAUAGAAAAAACAGGGUUGGUCUUGUCACUUGUCACAAUUAAAUAAGCAACCGAUCAACAAACUAACUAAUAACUCCAGAAGGACUGCGACAAUCGACGAGUGCAACCACUAGCUAGUAGCUCCUCCGACAUCAAUCGUCAUCUUCCUUUAUUCUCUCUCCAACUCUCGUCAGUCAAGAUGAGUAGUGAUCAUUUUUCUUGGAUUGGUGGUCGCUUGGCAUUUCUGUUGGUGUCCUUUUCGGUUGGAUCCGUGGGCGAUGGGUUGAAUAUUUUCCAAGGCAUUUACUUGGUGGGUUUGGGUUGGAACGAAGGCUCGGUUGGAGUAGCGUUGAGUCUCAUGGGCCUGACGGCAUUGAUAGUGCAGCCCUUUGCUGGCAACUUGGUGGAUGUGACGCCCGUCGAUCGACGUCUCUUUCUAGGGACCGCCGCACUCAUGACGGCAUUUUCGGCAUCGGCCAUUCUCUUUGUCCACGAGGGCAACACGGAUCAUGUCUUGAUUUACGCCACCAAAAUUGUGGAGGGUGUGGCAUCGUCCUUUAUUGCGCCCUGUUUGGCUGCUCUGACGUUGGCCACCUUUGGACCGGAUCAUUUUGAUGCCGUCAUGGCCUCCAAUAUUCUAUGGGGACACGUCGGAACGUCCAUUGCGGCGGUACUGGCUGGUAUUGUCGCCUAUUCGCUCUAUCCCGACAUUCAAUUCUGUUUUCUUGUCAUUGGAGCCAGUGCCCUGCUGGCUGUAUUCUUUACGCAGUUCUUGCCGCAAGGAGAUCAACUCAUGGGACGCGGUUUCGCAGGCACAGUCGCCAUGGAUGAACAGGGACACAUGGAACGCAUUCACCAAAACAACCAGCAAGCCGUGGACUCUACCACCACCAAAAACACACCACCCGAGGCAGCCUCUUACUGGGACGUCUUUUUCGACAAAAAGACAUUGGUUGUUUGCUUGACUGGAUUCUUCUUUCAUUUCGCCAAUGCCAAUGUCCUGCUCGUCUUGGGGGAACUCAUGAGUGGCGACGACGACGGUGGCGUACGACAAUCGGCCAUUCCACUCACGGCGGGAGCCAUUGUAUUGGCGCAACUCACCAUGGCCAUUACCACGUGGGCGGGAGAUCGUCUCACAGUGCGGGGAACGGGACGCAAACCACUCUUUCUGGCGGGUCUACUCACGUUGCCCUUUCGAUGCGCGCUCAUUAUUUGGUGGAAGGAUGCCGGCGAUGCCUUUUUGCUCUCGACACAAGUAUUGGAUGGUAUUGGAGGAGGACUCUUUGGACUCAUUCAUCCCUUUCUCGUGGCGGAUAUUACAUUUGGGACGGGAAGAUUCAAUGUAUUGAUGGGUCUCACGGCGUCUUCCUUUGGUUUGGGGGCAACCAUGUCCAACUUGAUUGGUCAACUCUUGGUCGAAAAGUUUGGGCAUGUCACCAGUUUGACCUGUUCCAUGUGGCUCUCCGUAGUGCCAAUAUUGCUCUUUGGAGGACUCAUGCCAGAAACUUUGGGGCAGCGAGGGUUGGGAGCCAGUAGUCGUAGCGGCAGCAAUCUAGAAGCAGCGGUCGAUGAGACAGGAGCCUACAAGGCGAUUGUCUAACUCGCUCCGUGCCGGCAAUCCACAACCACAAACGGGAUUCUGUAUGCCUCUCUCUACUAUACUAUAGAGUUUUAUACUGUAUCAUAACUAUAGCUAGACCUUUCCUCAGUCU